AUGGAGUCUGAAUCAAGCAAUUUAAAUGUUUCGAGGCAAAAGAGGCAACGAACAGAAGACAACACACGCUCUGCGUUCCUGGAUUUUGAUGUUCUUGAUUGCCCUAUUUGCAUGGAGCAACUCAGUAUUCCUAUAUUCCAGUGCGAUAAUGGACAUUUGGCUUGCUCCUCCUGCUUUUCCAAAUUGAAAAAUAAGUGCCCUUCAUGUGCUCUUCUUGUUUUCAGUCGCUGCAGAGCGAUGGAAACUGUUCUUGAAUCCAUUUUACUCCCAUGCCAAAACGCCAAAUAUGGAUGCACCGAAAUUGUACCCUUCGUGAAAGAACAAACACAUGAAACGGACUGCACUUUCGCUGAUUAUUGCUGCUGCCCUGCACAAUACUGCAGUUACGCUGGCUCAUACAUUGAUCUCUACAGUCACUACGUCUCUUCUAUCCACCUGGCACAUGCACCAAUAUUAACAAAUUUCUGUAUUGGCAGUUUAUUUGCUAUCAAGAUGAACAUCAGUGAUGAGGUAUUAAUUGCAAAUGAACCUCUUAAUAAACUACUGUUUGCAGUACAAUGUUUCAGGGAGUCGUUUGGGGUGUACGUUACUGUAAGAUGCAUUGCACCAUCUAUUCGAGGAGUUGGACAGUUCUUAUAUCGUCUCGUCUACGUUUUUGGUGGAGAACUUUUGACUUACAAAUCACUAGUGAUGAAGAAGAUUCGGGAAGUGAGCUUACAAACUCCUCAAGAUAACUAUAUGUUGAUUCCUAACAGUUAUUUACGCGGUGAAUCGUUUGAGAUUCAGGUUCGCAUCGACUUGUUGAACGAAGGGCAACUCAGUUAA